GAAAUGCUGCCUGAGAGUCUCUACUUUGGGAGAAAAAACAAGUCGGCAGGAAGGAAGAACUCCCAUGUUUGUAGUCCAGACUCUCUUGGUGUUUUGACAGAGGUGCUAGCGAUUAGCACACGGAUUUUUACAUGGUCGUGAUUUGGAGGGGAUUCAUUAAAUGUAUUCGAGCUAUUAAAUUCCUUUAAAAUCUGAAACAUAAAAUUUGAGGAAGAUGCAGGAUGACGCGCGGUACCUCAAACGCAAAGUGACUGCAGGCAGUUUGGAUGUCCAUCCGACAGAGAAGGCUCUCGUGGUCCACUAUGAGGUGGAAGCUUCCAUACUGGGAGAGGGUGGAGGUCAUAUGCUGGGCGAACGCAAGGAGGGACAAAAAAUUAUCCGUGUGAAAAGUCUUUCUUCCAGUACAGAUGUAGGAGCUUUGGCCAAGAAAGUGGUGGAGGAAUGUAAACUCAUCCCUCCAUCCCGUUUGCCUCAGGUGGAGCAGCUCCUCUACUACUUGCAGAACAGGAAAUCAUCCCCGGUGGAGGGCAAAAUGGAGAAGAAAGAGAAAAGAUCUGUGAAACCCAGAGAGCUGACACCGUUUGAAGGAAUGGAGUUAAAUGAGGAAGCCAGUAUAACCAGAGUGGAGGAGUAUGUUGAACUGCUCUAUGAAGGCAUCCCAGAAAAGAUCAGAGGCUCGGCUCUCAUUCUGCAGCUCGCCCGCAACCCUGAUAACCUGGAGGAGCUGCUACACAAUGAAGCAGCUCUGGGUGCUCUGGCCAGAGUACUGAGGGAGGACUGGAAACAGAGUGUAGAGCUGGCCACCAUCAUUGUUUACAUCUUCUUCUGCUUCUCCAGUUUCUCCCAGUUUCACGGCCUGGUGACUCAUUAUAAAAUCGGCGCGCUGUGUAUGACCGUGGUGGAACAUGAGCUGAAGAGACAUGAUGCGUGGCGUGAGGAGCUGCGCAAGAAAAACAAGGCUUGCGAGUCAGCUCCAGAGAAUGGCUCUCUAAGGAGAGACCAAGACAAAGCUAUGAGGAAAUACCAAGGCCUUCUGGGUAAACAAGAACAGCUGCUCAGAGUGUCUCUUUACCUGCUGUUGAACCUUGCCGAGGACACCAGGACGGAGCUGAAGAUGAGGAAUAAAAACAUUGUUGGCCUGUUGGUCAAAGUUCUUGAACGGGACGACGAGGAGCUGCUGGUCCUGGUGGUUUCAUUCCUCAAAAAGCUGUCCAUCUUCCUGGAGAACAAGAAUGACAUGGCUGAGGUGGAUACUGUGGAACGAUUGGCUCGAUUGGUUCCCUGUGACCAUGAAGACCUGUUGAACUUGACUCUGCGUCUGCUGCUCAACCUCUCUUUUGACUCUGGACUCAGAGCCAAGAUGGUGGAAGUUGGACUGUUACCUAAACUGACUGCCUUGUUGGGUGAUGAGAACAACCGUCAGGUUGUCAUGCGUAUACUGUAUCACAUCAGCAUCGACGACCGUUUCAAGGGCAUGUUUGUUUACACUGACUGCAUACCUCAGCUCAUGCAAAUGCUGUACGAGCACAGUGAGGAGGAAACUGAAGCUGAGCUCAUCUCCAUCUGCAUCAACCUGGCUGCAAACAAGAGGAAUGCACAUCUCAUGUGUGAAGGAAAUGGGUUGAAGAUGCUCAUGAAGAGAGCGCUGAAGAUGAAAGACUGCCUUCUGAUGAAGAUGAUCAGAAACAUCUCACAACAUGACGGAGCAACCAAACCGCUGUUCAUAGACUACGUUGGUGACCUCGCAGCAGAGAUCCGUGCAGAGGAAGAGGAGGAGUGGGUUCUGGAGUGUCUGGGGACGCUGGCCAACCUCACCAUCCCUGACGUGGACUGGGAGUUGGUGCUGAAGGAGUACAACCUGGUACCCUACCUCAAAGACAGGCUUAAACCAGGCUCAGCAGAGGAUGACCUCAUCCUGGAGGUGGUGAUAAUGAUCGGAACAGUUUCCAUGGAUGACGCCUGUGCCGCCAUGUUGGCUAAAUCUGGCAUUAUUCCUGCCCUGAUUGAGCUACUAAAUGCCCAACAGGAGGAUGAUGAGUUUGUGUGUCAGAUUGUCUACGUCUUCUAUCAGAUGGUGUUUCACCAAGCUACACGAGACGUCAUCAUCAAAGACACCCAGGCUCCUGCCUACCUGAUAGAUCUGAUGCAUGACAAGAAUGCCGAGAUCAGAAAAGUGUGUGACAACACCCUCGAUAUUAUUGCCGAGUACGAUGAGGAGUGGGGGAGGAAGAUUCAGUCGGAGAAGUUCCGCUUUCAUAACAACCAGUGGUUGGAGAUGGUCGAGAGUCGCCAAGCCGAUGAGUCUGAACCAUAUCUCUAUGAUAACGACGACAGGACUGAUCUGUUCUAUAGUGCAGAUGGAAUAACUCCUGCAGACGGUUCAGUCAGCCCGGAUUUCUUCAGCCUACAAACUCAAAAUGGAGACAUGCACCACACUGGAGAUGGCAACGAUGUCUUCGACCAGACCAGCUCAUCACCUGGGCGACCAGCUACUGCCUACGGCUUCAGACCGGAUGAACAACCCUUCUAUCAGUACUCAUAGACAAAUACACACGAUCCAUUCCCCGUCUACAUCCUGCAGGUCCACUGUAAUAUCCUUAGAUUGAAUUUUCACUUCUAGAAUCCCUCAUGACUGAAGGCAUCACAAGACAUUGAUCAUAAAGGCUGAAAUGCAUAAUACUGACACACAGAUUUCAAACUAGUUAUUAAAUAAACUGCACUUCCAUGCAGUCAGCUUUCA